CCAGCAGCAGCAGCAGCAGCAGCAGCAGCAGCAGCAGCAGCAGCAGCAGCAGCAGCAGCAGCAGCAGCAGCAGCAGCAGCAGCAUGCUGACCUUUGCGGAGGUGGUGCACGGAAAGGUCGGGCUCGCAGCUGAGGCCCUUCAGCUUCUCGCCGGUCUUUUUGCUGAAGCCACCAAAGGCUCGAGAGACAGCCAAAACCCCAUUGAGGUAUCCCUGCAGCAGCAGCAGCAGCAGCAGCAGCAGCAGCAGCAUGAAGGAGACGUGCUGCACACAGUACUGCACGCCGUGCUCAACACUAGGUAUGAGCUUCUGGCUGCGCUGCAGCCAGAUGCGCAUGAGAGACAGGACCAGCAGCAGCAGCAGCAGCAGCAGCAACGAAGGCAACAGCAGCAGCAGCAAUGCAGACAGGAAACGCUAUAA